GUCAGCGUUCUUUUCUCUUCCAGAGCACGAUGGCGGACGACGCGACUCGGAAGGCUGUGUCGGAGAUCCCGCUGCUCAAGACUAACUCCGGUCCCCGGGACAAGGAACUCUGGGUGCAGCGGCUCCGAGAGGAGUACCUGGCCCUCAUCAAGUAUGUGGAGAACAACAAGACGGCAGACAACGACUGGUUCCGCCUGGAGUCCAACAAGGAGGGAACCAGGUGGUUUGGGAAGUGCUGGUACAUUCAUGACCUCCUGAAGUAUGAGUUCGACAUGGAGUUUGAUAUUCCUGUAACGUACCCGUCCACUGCCCCCGAGGUCGCCAUCCCAGAGCUGGACGGGAAAACGGCCAAAAUGUACAGGGGGGGGAAGAUUUGUCUGACGGACCACUUCAAACCCCUGUGGGCGCGAAACGUACCGAAGUUUGGAUUGGCUCACCUGAUGGCCCUGGGGUUGGGUCCGUGGUUGGCGGUGGAGAUUCCAGACCUGAUCUCUAAAGGACUGAUCACACACAGAGAGCAGCAGGGAAGCUGAGACCCCCCCCCUUCCCUCUUUGUGAACAUGUUUACUGGUGUGGUCCCAGUGAAGGCGCUGCUGCUGUUUGUUCUGAGAACCAGAAAACAGACUAAUGAUGUGGCUACCGACAUGUGACCACUCACUCUUCUGUUGCUUUAAAAGGCAAUGUUCCUGCGUUCACAUUCAAGUUAAACUCUGCAGAUGUCGGCUCAAUCAGAAAUGACCUUUUAAAUGUCAGUUGCGCAAUAACACCAUGUUGAAUCGCAGCCUACAUUCCACUAGAAAACGGGUGUUUUAAACUUCAGUGUUUGAGUUGACAGAAUGUUGCUCCUGUGUCAUCUAAUAAAACAUGUCUGAUACCUGU